AUGACGUCCGCCGCCGACCUCGCUGUCUCCGUUGAGGGGCUCACCCUUCACUCCACCUCCGAGACCUCCAAGUUCCCCAACUGCUACCCCUCCCUCAACCCCGUCGACAUCUACCGCGAGCACAUCGCUGAGAAGCUGGGCGAGGCCACCGGCAUCGACGCCGAGAAGAUCUUCACCCGCCUGGCAUGGACGAAUUCGCUGGACAAGGGUGACUUGUUGUUGCCGGUCCCCUCGCUGCAGAUCAAGAAGAACCCCCAGGAGCUGUGCAAGGAGCUCGCUGAGAAGUUCCCCGAGUCCGACCUCGUCCUCCCCCCCGUUCCCUUCGGCGUCCACCUGCAGUUCUUCUUCAAGCCCGAGCCCCUCACCUCCACCGUUGUCCGCCGCAUCCUGAAGGAGAAGUCCACCUUCGGUACCAACGGUAACCAGGGUCUGCGCGAUCCUGCCGACGCCUCCAAGGGUCGCAAGAAGAUCAUCGUCGAGUUCUCCUCCCCCAACAUCGCCAAGCCCUUCCAUGCCGGUCAUCUGCGCAGUACCAUCAUUGGAGGUUUCCUGGCCAACCUGUACACCGUCAUGGGAUGGGACGUCGUCAAGAUGAACUACCUCGGUGACUGGGGUAAGCAGUACGGUCUGCUGGCCAACGGCUUCAAGAUGUUCGGUGACGAGGAGGCCCUCACCAAGGACCCCAUCAACCACCUGUUCGACGUCUACGUCAAGAUCAAUGGCAUUGUCAGCCAGCAGGAGGGCCCCAUCAAGGAGCUCAAGGAGCAGAUCAAGGCCAAGAAGGAGAAGGGCGAGGACGUUGCGGAGCAGGAGCAGGAGCUCGCCAAGCUCGUCGAUGCCAGCGAGGACGAGAGCGCCCGUCGCUACUUCAAGAGCAUGGAGGACGGCAGCCAGGACGCCCUUGCGCUGUGGCGCCGGUUCCGUGAUCUCAGUAUCCAGAAGUACAGACAGACCUACGCCCGUCUGAACAUCGACUUCGACGUCUACUCUGGCGAGUCUCAGAUCAAGCAGGAGAGCAUGAGCAACGCCUACCAGAUGAUGGAGAAGGCCGGUGUGUCCGAGAAGUCCGAGGGUGCCGUCAUCGUCGACUUUACCAAGCAUGGCGCCAAGAAGCUCGGCAAGGCCAUCAUUGUCCGCAAGGACGGUACUCCCCUGUACCUGACCCGUGAUAUCGGUGCCAUCAUGGAGCGUGACGAGACCUACAAGUUCGACAAGAUGAUCUACGUCGUGGCCAUGCAGCAGGAUCUCCACCUGGCCCAGCUCUUCAAGAUCACCGAGCUCAUGGGCCUGAAGGACCUGGCCGGCCGCUGCCAGCACGUCAACUUCGGCAUGGUCCGCGGUAUGAGCACCCGUAAGGGAACCGUCAAGUUCCUGGAUGACAUCCUCCGCGAUGUGCGCGACAAGAUGCACGAGGUCAUGAAGAAGAACAACGAGAAGUACGAGCAGGUCGCGGAUCCCGAGGGCACCGCCGACAUCCUGGGUAUGUCCUCCGUCAUGGUGCAGGACAUGACUGGCAAGCGUAUCAACGGCUACGAUUUCAACCUGGACGCCAUGACCUCCUUCGAGGGCGACACCGGUCCGUACCUGCAGUACGCCCACGCCCGUCUCUGCUCCAUCGUGCGCAAGUCCGGCCUGAACGUCGAGGAGCUCGACUCCGCCAACCUCGACCUGCUGACCGAGACGCACGCCGCCGACCUCGCGCGUAUGCUCGCCCAGUGGCCCGACGUCCUGCUCAACACCACCAAGACCCUCGAGCCCACCACCAUCCUCACCUACCUGUUCCGCAUGACCCACGUCCUCAGCUCCAGCUACGACGUCCUGAAGGUCGUCGGCAGCGAGCCCGAGCUCAAAAAGGCCCGUAUGGCCCUGUACGAGUCCGCCCGCCAGGUCCUGCACAACGGUAUGCGUGUGUUGGGUCUUAGCCCUGUGGCCCGCAUGUAA